AUGCUUCUUUCUUCCCGCAUCGUCGCGGCCUUGCUGGCUGCCCUGCCUUUGGCUGCUGCCAUUCCCCCGCAACAUGGAAGCGAAUUUUGCGUAGCCCAUGGCAGCGACGACGGCCGCAAAGUCCAUGCCAAGUUGCUCGCCAGUGACGCUUCCAUCAUGAAGGAUGUUGCCGUCGGGACAGCCAAUCUUGUCGACGCCACCGGGUUCGACACUUCAAUCGACGCCCGGCAAGCGGGCAGCACCGCGCCCAUGGUUUUCAACACCUACGUCCACAUCAUCCAGAACGCUUCUGGCACUUCUCCUUCUGCGGGGUACAUCUCUAGACAACAGAUUGAUUCGCAGAUCCGAGUUCUCAACCAGCAAUACGCCCUGGCCAAUAUAGCUUUCAACUACGUCAACACCUCGUACACUGUCAACACACGCUGGGCCAACGCCGCGUACCCCGGCAGCUCUGUUGAGGGCGAGAUGAUCCCCCGUCUGCGCAUCGGCGGACGUCUCGAUCUCAACCUCUUUUACAUUCCCAGCUGGCGAGGCAGCGGCUACUGCCGCUACCCCUUCUGGAUUGGCAGCAACGACCAAUACCUGUCCAUUGACGGCUGCAUGGCCGCGAGCGACUCUUUCCCUGACGGCACCCUCAACCGCCGGGGAUUCCUGAGCGUCCACGAAGUCGGACACUGGUUUGGGCUCCUUCACACCUUUGAUGGCGGCUGCAGCCAGACACAGGGUGACUACGUGGCGGACACGCCGGCCGAGGCCAGUGCCAACUGGGAGACCAAUUGCCCAGUCGGGCGCAACACCUGCCCGCAGCUGCCGGGCCUUGAUCCCAUUGAGAAUCAUAUGGAUUACUCCCGCGAACCCUGCAAGACUGGAUUUACUCCUGGCCAGGCCGUGAGAAUGCGGGAGAUGGCUCUUCUGUAUCGCUAUGCCAGAGGGUAG